AUGAGUGGCUACCACUACAACUAUACCACCAACACACUCACGACUGAGCGCGGAGAUUGCGUCAACUACCAACUUGGCCUGGUAUGUCGCCGGAUCGCCAUCGAAACCCGCUCACUUCCGUUCAAGCUGAACGAUGUCUGUUUCACUACAAGCUAUUGCGAAUCUACUUCGGAGAGAGCUGGCCACUUCGACAUAUUGCUGCGGACCAUAGACGCAAACAAGAACUACCUGGUACUCGGCAGCGCCGCAUUUGGAGGCCAACUUGAUAGUGCUCACAACCAUGUAGCCAAGCAUUUUCCGUUAUACCGAAGCAUCAUUCCCAAACAUAUCGCGGCACUUUCGAGGUGGCCUAUGGACUGGAUCAAGGCGUUGGGUGAACCCGCUUCACAGAAUCGUCGAUUCACCUCCUCAGUACUGGAUUACCUGGCGCAACUACCAAACUUCGAUCAGUUCUCAACGACACAGGACUGUUGGACUGAUGUGGUGCCAGAUGUUCGCCGCAUCGUGGACUCUCAUGUCGACCCAUGGUCGUUUCCUAGCCAAGACGAUGUCGAAGAGAUUAGCCGUAUAGUACCCGACUCACUCCAGCCGGCAUCGGCAAACUAUCCGAGACGUUACUGGGACCGAUUAAAGUAUCGCUUCUCUGCCGCUGCUAUCGCUAUCCACUUCCUUGAUAGUCUACCCACCGCUGUACGCAAGCGAAUGCACGCCAUCACCCUGCAUGAGAAACACGUUUCUGUCGGGCAACCAGAGUGCCAUGCGGAGGGUCUCAUCCCGUUCUGUAAAGAAAAUCCACAACUGCGUAUCGCGCGUAUUGUGGACCUUUGGGGGAACGUGUUGCAAACACGCUCCGAUCCUCUCUACAAGGUUGUUUCCACCUAUCGAGAAUCCCCAGACCCGGGUCUCCGGAAAUUGCGUGCUGAGCAUGUCACUGAAGCUAUUGCAGCAUGGGUGAUGGAGGCCCUCGCCCUGAUCAAGCUAGGCAUGCCAGUGGGCAUGUUCUCGCUAAUCCUCGACGGCGCUCUCCAACCGAACAAGACAUUCCAUGUAUUCCAGACUGUACAGGUAGAUAUCGCGUGCCAGAAAGCCUUCGAACUCCACUGUGCCAACCCACAGGCCUGGGUCCAUAAGCCCAGCGCUGUUCGGUGGUAUGAGACCAGGAAGAGCCCAUGUUAUAUCAUGAAGGGCUUUCCACAGGCCAUGCAAGAUAUCCUCGACGAUAAAGUUGUUAGUGUGGAAUGCAACUUCACAGUUCCACCACCCCUUCCUCCCGUCUUCGAUCCUGUAGCCUUACAAUGGCCCUCUGUCUGGCAACACUUUCCUUCUUUCGACGAUUGGGCACUCCUCAAAAAGAACAACCAUGGCGCCGACCACGACACCGAAGAGCCUUUGAAAAGGUGGCUGUCGCUGCGCAUGAAGAAUCUGAUUUCCGAUGGCGUGCAGAACGAGGGCUCCAUCUGGUGA